CAACGCCCGCCCUCUCACUCCCCUCGCGCCGCCUCCUCCCGGCGCGAUCCGACUCGUCCCUCCGAACAGAGCGCGCACUCGCGCACUCGUAGCAGGCGGCGGCCAUGGUGCUGGUCUUCGACGAGUUCGGCCGGCGUUUCAUCAUCCUGAGGGAGCAGGAGAGCAAGUCGCGCCUGCGGGGGCUCGAUGCGCACAAGGCCAACGUCGCCGGCGGCAAGGCCGUCGCGCGCAUCCUCCGCACCUCGCUCGGCCCCAAGGGCAUGGACAAGAUGCUCCAGUCCCCUGACGGCGACGUCACAAUCACAAAUGAUGGUGCAACAAUCCUGGAACAAAUGGAUGUUGACAACCAGAUCGCAAAGCUGAUGGUGGAGCUAUCCCGCAGUCAAGACUAUGAAAUUGGGGAUGGUACCACUGGGGUGGUGGUCAUGGCAGGGUCGCUCCUGGAGCAAGCUGAAAAACUUCUUGAGCGAGGUAUUCAUCCAAUAAGGAUUGCGGAAGGUUAUGAGAUGGCCUCGCGGAUAGCUUUUGACCACCUUGAACACAUCUCCAAUAAGUUUGAGUUCACGGCCACAAAUAUAGAGCCUUUGGUGCAGACCUGCAUGACCACUCUGUCCUCAAAGAUUGUUAACCGUUGUAAGCGGAUGCUUGCUGAGAUUGCUGUCAAGGCAGUCCUUGCAGUUGCUGAUUUGGAAAGGAAGGAUGUAAACUUGGACUUGAUUAAAGUAGAAGGCAAGGUUGGUGGGAAGCUAGAGGACACUGAGCUAAUAUACGGAAUUGCUGUUGACAAAGACAUGAGCCAUCCACAAAUGCCAAAGAGAAUUGAGGAUGCUAAUAUUGCCAUCUUGACCUGCCCAUUUGAGCCCCCGAAGCCCAAGACAAAGCAUAAGGUUGACAUUGACACUGUAGAAAAAUUCCAGACUCUGCGUGAGCAAGAGCAGAAAUACUUUGAUGAAAUGGUUCAGAAAUGCAAGGAUGUUGGUGCAACCUUGGUUAUUUGCCAAUGGGGUUUUGACGAUGAAGCCAAUCACUUGCUUAUGCAUAGAAAUCUGCCUGCUGUCAGAUGGGUUGGUGGUGUUGAAUUGGAAUUGAUUGCCAUAGCUACAGGGGGGCGGAUUGUUCCAAGAUUCCAAGAGUUGAGUCCUGAAAAGCUUGGAAAGGCUGGAUUAGUUAGAGAGAAGUCAUUUGGAACAACAAAAGAUCGAAUGCUUUACAUCGAGAAGUGUGCAAAUUCCAGAGCUGUAACUAUCUUCAUUCGUGGUGGCAACAAAAUGAUGAUUGAGGAGGCCAAGCGAAGUAUUCAUGAUGCUCUGUGUGUGGCUAGGAAUCUUAUCCGCAAUAACUCUAUUGUUUAUGGUGGCGGCUCAGCUGAGAUAUCUUGCUCAAUAGCUGUCGAUGCUGCUGCAGAUCGAUAUGCUGGAGUUGAGCAGUAUGCAAUCAGAUCGUUUGCUGAUGCGUUGGACGGCAUUCCACUAGCCUUAGCUGAAAACAGUGGUUUGCCACCUAUUGAUACACUGACUGCAGUAAAAUCUCAGCAAGUUAAGGAAGGCAAUCCCCACUGUGGCAUUGACUGCAACGAUGUCGGGACGAACGACAUGAGAGAGCAGAACGUGUUUGAAACCCUGAUUGGCAAGCAGCAGCAGUUAUUGCUGGCAACGCAGGUGGUGAAGAUGAUUCUCAAGAUUGACGAUGUUAUCACUCCGUCCGAGUUCUGAGUAUUGGCUAUAUUGCAAGCAUGGACAACGAAGCUGGAUGUGACAACUGGCAAGCAAUUAGUCUACCAGACCUGAAGCAGUUGUGUUUGUUUGGUGGAGCUAGCGAGCAACCUGUGUGUUUUUGCUGUGACGCUCAUCCACACUGUAGCGCAUGAAAUAUCUUCCUGUAGCUUAGAAGUUUGGAUGAACAAUCUCAUUUUUCACCCCUAUAUUUUCAGAUGCUUAAUGCUAUAUAGUUUGGAUGUUUUUGCUCGUACCUUUUACCAUCUAAAAUUGAUUAUUCAAUCAUCCGUGAGUUAAA